CGGACCCCCUGACACUUUCUCUGCGUGUCCGCUCUGCCUUGGCUUAGGAACUUGCUCCCUGGCCCCUGGGUGCCUUCCCUGCCCCUGCUCAGACUCGUGAUUUCCUUGUUGCUCGCAGGGCGGCUACGGCUCGCUCUCUCCCUGCAGCUUGCUGGUGUCUCUCUGGGGCGAGGGGGUGAUGUGUGUGUGGAAGGGGUGGGGGUGUCUGGCUGGCUGUUUCCCUCUGUCCCAGGGAUCCAGAAAGAGAAGGGAUUGGCUCGCCAAACCCUAGAUUCCUGGCAAAGCCGCCGAGGAGCUUCUGGAUCUGCCUUCGGCAAAGUUCCUCCUCCUGGCUAGUCUAGACCCCUAAGCUGCGUGGCUCUGCCGAAUUGUGACCCACACUUGCAGUAACCCUAACAUCAGCUAAAAGGAAAACCAAGCGGGUUGGAAGGGGCAAGGCGUGUGAAAAAAAAAAAAAGAAAAGAAAAGAAAAUCCAAUCAAGGCUCCUCGGGGCAAUGGUCGCUUUUUGAAAAGGCAGAACUCCUGUGUGAGCAGCAAAGGGGGUGGCUGGGGGUGGGAAGUGACUCCUGCAAUUUUGGUUUAUUUAAAAGUCUCUGGUCCUGUCAGAGAAACCCCCCCAAACUAAAUAAAACCUUCGUUAUCUCCUGGAGACGUCCCUCUAGAAACGAGUUAAGCAGUCACAGUCGUUUGGGAAUGAAAGAAAAGUUAAAGCAUGGUUGCAAGGAGACGAAGACAUUUAAUUUUCCAGUGGAAAUGCUCUCAGCCCUUCAAGAAGGGCAUAACAUCGGGACUGACCCUACGCACGAUCUGCUGUAUUAAUGCUCCGUUGAGGGAGCCGCUGAAAUAAUGUUCACAGUAAAACAAAUUAAAUGUAGACAUUGGAAUGCAGCUAAAAACUUGCCUUUUUUUUUUCCGGACGUGUAAAUGUAGUUGGUUCGGAUUAUUUCUUGGUUUUGAAAUUAAAAUAUAAUUGUUUAGAUCCGUUCUAUGAAAGCAUGUGGAAGAGGGGAGGGAAUAUUGUUCUGUUAGUUUGGGGGGGAGGGUCUCCCGGUCUAGUCAAUCGUUUCCUAUUUUACCAUGAACAGGGCCUGAUCCUGCUUUCCCCACGUACCCCAAGCUUCUGUUUGGACUCAGGGGAAGCGUGGGGGGGGGGCGGGGGGGUGCACAAGCCAUGCAGGAUCGGAGCCCCUAUUGAAACACCAUCCUAAACCUCCGUGGCAGAUUUAUUUUUAAACAAACGACAAGGAAGCGGAAUUCGAAAUGAACUUCGUCAGUAUCGUGCAACUGAAAUGAGAUGAUUUCUUCCUGUCUGACAAUAUCGAAGCCAGUGGCUGGGGUCAGCUGUGUGGUGUUUAAGUCUGGGGCAAUUCACUUGAAUAUUUGAACCUACUGAUUUCGGGUCAAGUGUGUUGCAAUGAAAUAAUGUUUAAAACGAAGCGUCCUGACAAGACCGAAGAACUUACAAAAACUCCUGUGACUAUUUUAGCCUGACAAAUUGGCUUGGAGGAAAGAAGACAACUUUUUCUGCAGCACAGUCCUUACCAGAAAGUGUCCUCUUAGAGCAUGCUUUCUGCUAGCACACGGGUUGCUGUUUAAUUGCCUCCUGGUCAAAAGGCUUGUUCAUAGUGUGUCUUGCCUUGUGUCCUCUAGUUUGUCCCCUUGAAGUUUGUGAUCUUGGAUGAGUUUUGCAAUGUGAAGUUCUGCAUAGAUGCCAGUCAACCAGAUGUAGGGAACUGGCUCAAGUAUAUCAAAUUUGCUGGAUGCUACAAUCAGCAUAACCUUGUUGCAUGUCAAAUAAGCGAUCAGAUAUUCUACAGAGUUGUCGCAGACAUUGACCCAGGAGAGGAGCUGUUACUAUUCAUGAAGAGUGAAGAUUAUUCACAUGAAACAAUGGCUCCAGAUAUUCAUGAGGAGCGCCAGUAUCGUUGUGAGGACUGUGACCAGCUAUUUGAGUCCAAGAUGGAACUAGUAGACCAUCAGAAAUUCCCAUGCAGCACACCUCACUCAGCAUUUUCUAUGGUGGAGGAGGACUUUCAACAAAAGCUUGACAAUGAAAAUGAGCUCCGGAACAUGCAUGACAUUCAAGAAUGUAAAGAGUGUGAUCAAGUGUUUCCAGAUUUACAAAGCCUAGAGAAGCACAUGCUGUCCCACACUGAAGAGAGAGAGUACAAGUGUGAUCAGUGCCCCAAGGCCUUUAACUGGAAGUCCAAUUUGAUACGUCAUCAAAUGUCACAUGACAGUGGAAAGCACUAUGAGUGUGAAAACUGUGCCAAGCAGGUUUUCACGGACCCCAGCAACCUUCAGAGGCACAUUCGUUCCCAGCAUGUUGGGGCUCGUGCUCACGCUUGUCCAGAGUGUGGUAAAACGUUUGCUACUUCUUCAGGCCUUAAACAGCACAAGCACAUCCACAGCAGUGUCAAGCCCUUUAUAUGUGAGGUCUGCCAUAAAUCCUAUACUCAGUUUUCAAACCUUUGUCGUCAUAAGCGCAUGCAUGCUGAUUGCAGAACCCAAAUCAAGUGCAAAGACUGUGGACAAAUGUUCAGCACUACAUCUUCCUUAAAUAAACACAGGAGAUUUUGUGAGGGCAAGAAUCAUUUUGCAGCAGGAGGAUUUUUUGGCCAAGGCAUUUCACUUCCUGGAACCCCAGCUAUGGAUAAAACGUCCAUGGUUAAUAUGAAUCAUGCAAAUCCGGGCCUUGCUGACUAUUUUGGUGCCAAUAGGCAUCCUGCUGGUCUUACCUUUCCAACAGCUCCUGGAUUUUCUUUUAGCUUCCCCGGUCUGUUUCCUUCAGGCUUGUACCACAGGCCACCUUUGAUACCUGCUAGUUCUCCUGUUAAAGGACUACCCAGCACAGACCAGACAAACAAAAGUCAAAGUCCCCUCCUGACACAUCCUCAGAUACUGCCAGCUACACAGGAUAUUUUGAAGGCACUAAAUAAGCACCCCUCUGUAGGUGAAAAUAAGCCAGUGGAGCUUCAACCAGAGAGGUCCUCUGAAGAGAGGCCGCAUGAAAAAAUCAGUGACCAGUCAGAGAGUAGUGACCUUGAUGAUGUCAGUACUCCCAGUGGCAGUGACCUGGAGACCACCUCUGGCUCUGAUCUGGAAAGUGACAUUGAAAGUGAUAAAGAGAAAUUUAAAGAAAAUGGUAAAAUGUUCAAAGACAAAGUAAGCUCUCUUCAGAAUUUGGCUUCAAUAAAUAAUAAGAAAGAAUACAGCAGUCAUUCCAUUUUCUCACCAUCUUUAGAGGAGCAAACUGCGGUGUCAGGAGCAGUGAAUGAUUCUAUAAAGGCUAUUGCUUCUAUUGCUGAAAAAUACUUUGGUUCAACAGGACUUGUGGGGCUGCAAGACAAAAAAGUUGGAGCUUUACCUUACCCUUCCAUGUUUCCCCUCCCAUUUUUUCCAGCAUUCUCUCAAUCAAUGUACCCAUUUCCUGAUAGAGACUUGAGACCGUUGCCUUUGAAAAUGGAACCUCAGUCACCAAGUGAAGUAAAGAAGAUCCCAAAGGGAAGCUCCGAGUCUCCCUUUGACCUCACCACUAAACGUAAGGAGGAGAAGCCAGUUACUCCUAUAACCUCAAAGCCAGCAGCUCCAUCCGUGACAAGCCAGGAUCAACCACUAGAUCUGAGCAUGGGCAGCAGAAGUCGAGCCAGUGGUACAAAACAAGCCGAGCCUCGGAAAAACCAUGUCUUUGGUGAAAAGAAAGGAGGUGACCUUGAAACAAGGAAAGCAACUGAUGCUUCUUUGCAACAUGCCAGGCCCACUCCGUUCUUUAUGGAUCCCAUUUACAGAGUAGAGAAAAGAAAGUUAACUGACCCACUUGAAGCUUUAAAGGAAAAGUACUUGAGACCUUCCCCAGGAUUCUUGUUUCAUCCGCAAUUCCAAUUGCCUGAUCAAAGAACUUGGAUGUCAGCUAUAGAAAACAUGGCUGAAAAACUAGAGAGUUUUAGUGCCCUGAAACCAGAAGCUAGUGAACUCAUACAAUCUGUCCCUUCCAUGUUUAACUUCCGAGCCCCACCGAGUGCCCUACCAGAAAACCUCCUGAGGAAGGGCAAGGAACGCUAUACCUGCAGAUACUGUGGCAAGAUUUUCCCAAGAUCGGCUAACUUAACACGUCACCUGAGGACGCACACUGGAGAGCAGCCUUACAGAUGCAAAUACUGUGACAGAUCUUUUAGCAUAUCGUCUAACCUGCAGAGGCACGUCCGUAACAUCCACAAUAAGGAGAAGCCAUUCAAAUGUCACUUAUGUGACAGGUGUUUUGGUCAACAAACCAAUCUAGACAGACAUUUAAAAAAGCAUGAGAAUGGGAACAUGUCUGGUACUGCAACAUCUUCACCUCACUCAGAACUUGAAAGCACGGGGGCAAUUCUGGAUGACAAAGAGGAUUCUUAUUUCACAGAAAUUCGGAAUUUCAUCGGCAACAGCAACCACAAUAACCAAUCCCCAAGAAAUUCGGAAGAAAGAAUGAAUGGCAGCCACUUUAAGGAUGAGAAAGCAUUGGUGGCAAGUCAGAACUCGGACUUGCUGGAUGAUGAAGAGGCAGAAGAUGAAGCAGUGAUGGAUGAGGAAGAUGAAGAAAGUGAAAUUGCGGGGAAGCCAGUCAAGGAACCGGUUACAAGUAACCUACAUGAAGGGAGCCCUGAGGAUGACUACGAAGAAACAAGUACUUUGGAAAUGAACUGCAAGGCUUCCCCUGGCAGGUAUAAAGAGGAUGAGUAUACCAAGACUGGACUCUCUGCUUUGGAUCAUAUAAGGCACUUCACAGAUAGCCUCAAAAUGAGGAAAAUGGAAGAAAAUCAAUACACUGAAGCUGAACUGGCAGCUUUCAAUACUUCACACCUGCCAGAGGAUCUAAAGCAACCAUUGUACAGGAAAUCCAAGACCCAGGCAUAUGCUAUGAUGCUCUCUCUCUCUGACAAGGACUCUCUCCAUUCUGCAUCCCACAAUUCUCCCAACAUGUGGCACAGUAUGGCAAGAGCUGCCGCAGAAUCCAGUGCCAUCCAGUCCAUUAGUCAUGUAUGACAUUGUGAAACCUUACCAAGAAUUGGGACCAAGUCCAAACCAGUAGCAUGGCUCUUUCGUAUAUGACUAUUUAAAAGACUGCUGAGCAGAAUGCCUUAUAAAUCUGCAGGGUCACUCAUCUAAAGUCUGAUGACCUUAAACUGAAUAAUUUUAAAAAGAAAGAAACUAUUUAUUCUCAAUAUUUUGUUUUGCACAGCAAAGGCAGCUGCUGACUUCUGGAGGAUCAAUGCGACUUAAAAAAAGUUUCAGUGGAUUAUGUAAACCUCGGCCGGGAAAAAUGUCUUCCAAUUCACCCGGCAUGAGAGGGUGGGGGCAGAUGGGUUAAGACUGCAUUGAUACACAUGGGCACUCCUUUAAAAUAGAAACUGAAUUGUUUUUCUUUUUGUAUAAGAUAGUUUGACACAGGAUUGGGAACAGUUGCUUUUAUGUACAAAUCCUCUUCAUUAAAGCUUUAUGCAUUUUAACCCUUCAAAGAAAGAAAGUAGUUCUAUCAUAUGCACACUAUCCAUCAUUAAUAUUAGAAACCAAUAACAGGGAAUAUUUCAUCCUCUCCGUAAUUUUUUCUUCUUACCUGCAUUGUGGAAAAAAAAAAAAGAAAGAAGAAAAGACAAAAAAAAACUUUGAGAGACAAUACAUAAGAGGUUUGUGUAUAUUGUAAACUAUGAAUGUUCACCACUCAAAGACGUUUAAGUCAUUCAGCUACUUCUGUCAAAGGACCAUUUCAUCAACAGUACCACUAGUUCAAUGUUUGCCAAAUCAUUGUAAUGACAUUUUAAAUUUAGACAAUCAUGUUGCUGUGUUGUUUUGUUUCCUCUAAUUUCUUUUUUUGUGUUGUGUGUACCAUGUAUUUAUUUGUUGGCAAACAAUUGUUUGUUGAUUAAAAUAGCACUGUUCCUAUGUUAAACAGCACUGCUCCAGUCCCCCACUACUUUAUGAUGUAGGCACCCAUGUACUUCAAAACAAGUGAGGUGAACUGAUCUGUGUAUAUUGGAGUGCAAAACAGUGUUCGAAAUUUUCUGACAUUCCUAUUUUUUUCUUUUUAAUGAAACUAAAUAACUAAUAGAUGCGAAUUAGUUUUUUUUAAAUACAGUAAAUUGAUUCAAUUGUAUAAACAGUUAUAAUUUCUUCAUGAAAGCAUGAUUCUUCUGAUUAAAACUGUACCCAAUAUUUUAUGCUGGUUGUCUGCGAGCUUGUGUGAUGUUAUGUUCAUGUUAAUCCUAUUUGUAAGAUGAAGUGUUCCAAACUUACGUUAAAAAAAUAAAUAAAUAACGGACUGUAUUCAGUUAUUUUUGUUUUGUUUUUUUGCCUUUUAGUGAGGGACCAGAUUUAUUUCCUUUUGUUUAUAAUCUCAUUUUGAAAUAAUCGGCAAGUUGAGGUACUUUCUUUAAAUGCUUUGUACAAUGUAACUGUUAUGCAUUUCAGAACAUUAUUAUGGGAGGAUCAACUAAAAAAAUAAAGGACUAUAAAACCGAA